AUGGAUCAAGUUUUCUCGGCGAAGCCUAAACCCUUCCGUAUCCACCGCAAAUCACGUCUCGCUUCCAAGAUCAAAGCCUCCAUCUCCGCCAAUCUCUCUCAGUUUCUCGGCGAUUACAGCGACGACGUCUUCCUCGAGUAUAUUAUCGUGCUGAUUUGUAACGGAAAGGAUCAAUAUCAAGCAAGAGAUGACUUGGAGGCAUUUCUUGGUGAGAGGAGUGAAGAAUUUGUAUCAUGGUUAUGGGAGCUUCUCUCCGAAUAUGAUCUAGAUGAAGUUACUGGCACUGGCCCCCCAAACAGUGACCGCAACAAUGGUGCAGAAGUUGACAGGUGUACAGACUUCCGGAGCCAUGUUAACAAACUUUUGCUUGCUAAAGGUUCUCAAGAUUACCUGUCUGUUGUUGUCCCUUCGACUGAGGAGAAUACCAGAAUAGUAUUGUCACAUGGAAGUAGAAAUGAUAUUUGGAGAAGAUAUGUAGCAACUGGAGAUACUGAUGUUGAGGGAGAUCGAAGAACUCAGUCUAAAAAUCAAAUUACCCAGAUUGCCAAUCGUAAAUGUAGUGGAUUGCUUAGAGAGCGCUUACAAUUACCAGAAAGAGAGGUCGUGUCUAAGUCUGCAGAAUGUUCCGUAUCAGGACACCGAUUUUCUACGCAGCUUUGUGCCAGUAACAAGUCAGGAACUAGUCUGUCACAAAGAUCUGUAGAUGCAGGAUUCAUAUGUAAUAAAAUGUCUCGGGGUAGUGUGUGGGACAGAUUGGGCAAGCCAUGUGAGGACAUAUCUGAAGGACUCAUGAGCGUUGAUGGUUAUGGUGUCGGGCAUAACAAGCAAUACGGGAAAGUUCAUAAUCAGCUUGCAUUAACACCUCCGAAGAGGAAUUCUGAAGAUCCUGCUUUUGAUAAGAAGAUAUCCUACAGUUAUCGUGGUGAGAUGAAGAAACUGGAGCAUGUUGAUACUGCAGAAAGUGAACCUCAUUUUGCAAGUAAUAUUGGGCGGAAGAGGCUGUUUGGUCAAAUCAGUACAUGCCAUGAUACUGAUUCAGCUUUGGUGGAUCACAGUAAUAUGGAUCCUGAAUGCAAAGAUACCUCACAGAAUUUUAAGAAAUCAAGUGUGGCCACAAAUAAUUUGAAGACAAUUCAAAAACAGGAACUGCUUGAUGUGAAAGAAAAAUUGAAUCAAAUUGAAAUCGAAAUGUCCAAGCUUCGGUCAAAGCAGGUGGAGUUUGAAAAAAAUGGUGGGAAAACAAAUCACUUGCUGAAUUCUGGUGCACAAAAAGAUUCAGAGGAAACUUUUGGGUCAAGAACUGUGUUGGUGACAAAUGUACAUUUUGCAGCAACUAGUGAAGCUUUAUCACUGUACUUUGCCAAGUGUGGAGUGGUUGAUAACGUGAUGAUCCUGACAGACACAGUGACUUCUAAGCCAAAAGGGUCUGCUUAUAUUACUUUUGCUAGCAAGGAGUCUGUUGACAAAGCAGUGGCAUUGAGUGGGACGACAUUCUUUUGUAGGACCCUGAAGGUUCUAAGGACGGCAGGAGCAGCUGCGGAGGCAUCAGCACCAACCCAGCUUGUCGGGACGACUUCCCUCAGUGCCCCACAUGGCAACAAAAUUGCUUUCCUUAGCAAACCACAUUACACAAGGUCUACCCUGAAGUGGAGAAGAGAGCCUGGCACUGUCCCAUCAGAACAUUCAUGUCCAGCCAGUGUUGAAGGGGUUUCCUCUUCCGCCCGCAAGCAACAGAUUUCUAGUUCCGGCCUAGACGGGAAGACUUCAUCAUCAGAGCCCCAUUAAGCACUUGCAAGCACAUAAUUCGGAGAGAGCAUACCGAUGAUUAAAGUAGGUCCUAACUAUACUACAACACGUACAAAAUAUAUGCAAGUAAGAAGGAUAUUAGGUUGAUCUAGAAAUGUGCUGCAAAACAUACGACUGUUUGCUGCUUUUGUUUGCUUGGGUAGCAUCACUCUGGAAAUCUUAGCAUGCCUUGUCUUGCAUGUACAAGCUCAAAGUACCUAUAUUGGCUUUGUCGUUGCAAUUGUGCAAGGCUUUGGCCAUGCCCAAAACCGUACGCAUAGGCAGCUACCUGUGCAUACCACUUUCAAAUGAGACCCAACAACACUAUUUUUUCCGACCA